AUGCAACCCUUUUUGGGUAGCAUUGUCUCUGUUAACCAGUCUGCAUUUGUAUAUGAUCGCUUGAUUUCUGACAACAUUGUCAUUGCUCAUGAAGCAGUUCAUGCUCUGAAAGUUCACCCGGAGAUCUCACGGGAGUUCAUGGCCAUCAAAACUGAUAUGUCCAAAGCUUACGACCGCGUAGAGUGGAGCUACUUGAGAUCCUUGCUGAGGGCUUUGGGCUUUAAUAAUCUGGUGGUUGGCUGGUUAAUGAUGUGUGUGACAUCUGUGACUUAUUCUGUGCUGAUAAAUGAACAUCCAUUUGGCAAGAUUUUGCCCCAAAGAGGAUUAAGACAAGGAGAUCCUCUCUCGUCUUUCUUAUUUGUGUUAUGUACUGAAGGCCUUACACAUUUGUUAAAUGUUGUGGAAAGGAAUGGCCUCCUCAAUGGUUUGAAAUUCUCAGAAGAAGGUCCUUCGAUUCAUCACCUUCUUUUUGCCGAUGACAGUUUCUUCAUUUGUAAAGCUAACCAGGGUCAAGCAACGGUUCUUCACCGAGUUCUGGAGUUCUAUGGAGAAGCUACUGGCCAGUGUAUAAAUCUGAUGAAAUCUUCGAUUUCUUUCGGAGAUAAAGUGAAUGAGGAGACUAGGUUCAUGGUACGUGACAUUUUGGGGAUUGUUUAUGAAGGUGGUACGAGUAAAUAUUUGGGUCUUCCUGAAUGUUUCUCGGGUUCUAAAGUGGAACUGCUCUCCUUUUUAAAGGAUCUGACUCAAAGUGGACUGGAUUUAUGGUACAUUAAACAUUUGUCUCAAGGAGGAAAGGAGGUUCUUUUGAAAUCCACGGCAGGAGCUACUUCUGUAUUUGCCAUGGGUUGCUUCAGACUUCCUAAGACUUUACUCUCUAAACUCUCGAGCAUGAUGGCAAACUUUUGGUGGGAUUCUGAACCGAACCUGAGGAAGACUCAUUGGAUCUCGUGGGAUAAGCUUUGUCUCCCAAAAGCUCUAGGUGGAAUGGGUUUCAAGGACCUAGAGUGUUUUAAUCAGGCUAUGUUAGCCAAACAGGCUUGGAAAAUUCUCAACAGACCUCAAUGUCUUCUUGCGAGGUUCUUAAAAAGCAUUUAUUUUGAUGGAGGAGAAUUUCUUUCAGCUCCACUUGGGGGUAGACCUUCCUUUGCUUGGAGAAGCCUGUUGUUUGGUAGGGAUCUUCUUCAAAAAGGCUUGCAACACAGAGUGGGUAAUGGGCAGUGUACACGAGUUUGGCUCGACAAAUGGGUGGAUGAUCCAGUUGUGGGUCUUAGGGCUCCUUGGAUUAAGAACAUCACUUUCGACGUCAACUUAAGGGCAGACUCCCUCAUUGAUUCUGAAUUGAGAAGAUGGAACCAGCAGAAGCUUGGAGAGUUAUUUGUUCAGAGUGAUGUGGAGAUCAUUACUCGAAAUCAACCGGUGUGCCACAAAGAUGAUUUUUUCACUUGGACUCAUAACAAGAGUGGCCAGUUAUCUGUUAAAUGCCUAUUGGUUGGCUUCUAUGGCAAAGUUUAA